AUGCGCGUUGGGCUGUGGGGUCGACAAGAAGAAGACAAGAAGCCGGAAAGCGGAAGGAGUUGCGAGAUGGAAAUUGAGCGAUAUGACCGGGUGGCGAACGACGAGGAACGCGGGCCGACGUCUUCAACGAGGUCGAUCUGGACAUCUACCGAGCCGAAGAAGAUGGACACCGAGAAGGAAUACGCCGGGAAGUUCAACUAUUUUGGGCCAAUCGAUUUU